AUGGCCGACAACGGCGUCGAGGUCGAGGUUGUGCGCAACCCGUGGGUCUCUCUUGCGCUGCAAGACUCGGCCUUUUUCCAAUGGAGCUCGUCCGUCGCCAAGCCGGUGCGACUUCGGCGCGACAGUGACUUUGAUAUUAUGGACAAGACGCUGCAGUCGCACGCGCGGUACACGCCCGAGACAGAGCCCGAGACAGAGCUCGACUUUCCUCUUGUGUUUCGGCAUCCAAAGCACCGCGCGUCGCGUCUCACCGACGACUCAGACGACGCGAACGAGCUCGCGCUGCCCGUCAACGCCCCCAUCCACCCCCUCCUCGGUCGUCUCGACCUCGACAGUGUUUUGGGUGCGCUGCCCAAAGCCCACUGCAUGAGCGUUGACUUGCGUCGACGCCUCGCCGUGUACUUUUGCGGCCACCCGAAUGUCGAGACAGUGGUCCAGCUCAUCGAAGCCGGGUCCAUCGAGGCGCAACUCGGUUUUCUCUGCGACCUCUUUUGCUUGCGUCGACCAAGCACGUUUGACGCGCCACCAGCGUGCGACUUGGUGCGCUUCCGGCGGUGGACGCCCGUGCUUCGAACCCAGAAACGCAUUUGUUUCCAGCUCCAGACCGCGCGGCCAAGUGUCCGCAACAUCCACAUCUUGCGCCAACUCCUCGCCGCGGGCCUGUACCUCGUCCAGCGCCACUGCCGCCUUUCCCUCGAGGCCGAGCCAUCCCUGGGCCACCUCUGCCUGCUUUUGAAAGAGACGCGCAUGAUCUACGUCAACAAGGUGAUCGCAGAAGUCGAUUUUGUGUCGCUGCUCCGACAAGUGUUUCACCACGGCAUCUUUCUCUGGCCGAGAGCGGUCCCACGCAAACGCGCAAUGACCGCCACCACAUGCGCCGACCCCAUUGCAGUCUACUUGGCUUCGCAGAGUAGCUCGCUUUCCAUUGCAUAA